AACAUCAACAUUUAAUUCAGUUGCAAGUUUGAAAUGGAGUGUCAGGCAAACGGUGAUCCAAAGACGGGAGCAGCAUCCAUGAAAUGUGGUGUUGUGGCUGGAGAUGAGCAAUUCAAUGCACGUGCCGGAGUUUUUGCGACGAAGGACAGCGUUGCCGGACCCGUCACCAAAGGCGUCUAUGGAGCAGUGAACUCCAAUGGACAUAGCCUAUCACUGCAACAUGGGCACACGGAACACUUUGGCAGCAGCACUACGGCUGCCGCACAAGCGAAUCUCUUCCAGAAUAAGCAGGCUGCUGUAAAUGCCACCGCUUUCCACACUCACAAUCGCACUCACGAUCAAUUUGGCGGCGGACUGAAUAUGCAAACGGCUGCUGGCCACUCAGCGGCUCUGGGUGUCACUCAUGUGCCCCAGUUCAAUAUGACGACAGCGAAUGUCGGUGGCAGAGCCAAUCUGUACACCUCGCCUAGUGGCAAUCUCAAUGUGAAUGCCACAGCCAAUGCGACACGCCAUCUCAGCGGACCCUUCAACGGCCAGAAAGAUUUUGGAGCUGGUCUCGGCUUGCAAUAUAAAUUUUAGACAUGACACUAUAAAUUAACUUAUCCAACAAUAUCUUACUUAUAUACCAAUAAUAAGAAAAUAUAUUCAU